UGCGAUUGGCCGCGUCCCCUCACGUGACCCCGCGGUGGCGGUUGCCGGGGUGACGGCGGGAGAGCUGGCGGUCAGGAGGAGAGAGAGCGCAGCCCUGCAGCUGUUUUUGUCUUGUAGAGAUUUCUGCCGUGAGAAUUGCCAGUAACAAUUCACUAUGGGGGAUAUUCUGGCCCAUGAAUCUGAAUUGCUUGGACUGGUGAAAGAGUAUUUAGAUUUUGCUGAAUUUGAAGAAACCUUGAAGACAUUUUCAAAAGAAUGCAAAGUAAAAGGAAAGCCACUGUGUAAAACUGCAAGUGGGUCAUUGAAGAAGGACUCCACGUCACUGAUGAUCCAGAAGGAUUUGGUGGCAGCGUUUGACAGUGGAGACCAGAAGUUGUUCUUCGAUUUGUGGGAGGGACACGUUCCCAGCUCCAUCAGAGAUACUGACUCCCUGGCCCAGAAGCUGGAGUUCUACCUUCACAUCCAUUUUGCCAUCUAUCUUCUGAAGUACUCUGGAGGCAGGCCGGACAAACAGGAGCUAGAUGAGAGGAUUUCUUAUUUCAAAACCUACCUGGAAACCAAAGGGGCUGCGCUGAGCCAGACCACAGAGUUUCUUCCCUUCUACGCCCUCCCCUUUGUGCCCAAUCCUAUGGUCCACCCCUCGUUUAAAGAACUCUUCCAGGAUUCUUGGACUCCAGAAUUAAAGCUGAAGCUGGAAAAGUUUUUAGCUUUAAUUUUUAAAGCCAGUAACACGCCAAAACUUGUAACCAUCUAUAAGGAGAAUGGACAGAAUAGCAAAGAAAUGCUGCAGCAGCUCCACCAGCAGCUGGUGGAGGCCGAGCGCCGGUCCAUGACCUACCUCAAGCGGUACAAUAAGAUCCAGGCCGACUACCACAACCUCAUCGGAGUCACAGCCGAGCUGGUGGAUUCUCUAGAGGCGACAGUCAGUGGCAAGAUGAUCACCCCCGAGUACCUGCAGAGCGUCUGCGUCCGCCUCUUCAGCAACCAGAUGCGGCAGAGCCUGGCACACAGUGUGGACUUCACAAGGCCUGGGACGGCCUCAACCAUGUUACGAGCCUCUUUGGUACCUGAGAAGUUGAAGGAUGUCCCAUUACUGCCCUCCCUGGAUUAUGAGAAACUGAAGAAGGAUUUGAUCUGGGGCAGUGACCGCUUGAAAGCCUUCUUGUUGCAGGCUCUGCGCUGGCGCUUGACCACGUCCCAUCCUGGAGAGCAGAGGGAGACAGUCCUGCAAGCCUAUAUCAGCAAUGACCUCUUGGAUUGUCACAGCCACAACCAGAGGAGCGUGCUGCAGCUGCUGCACUCCAAGAGCGAGGCUGUGCGCCAGUACAUGGCCAGGCUCAUCAAUGCCCUGGCGUCCCUGGCUGAAGGUCGACUCUACCUAGCCCAGAACACAAAGGUACUCCGGAUGCUGGAGGGAAGGCUGAAGGAGGAAGACAAGGAUGUCAUCACUCGUGAGAAUGUCCUUGGGGCCUUGCAGAAGUUCAGCCUCAGGCGCCCACUGCAGACUGCGAUGAUUCGUGAUGGCCUCAUCUUCUGGCUGAUCGACCUUCUGAAGGACCCCGACUGCCUGUCUGACUACACACUGGAGUACUCUGUGGCUUUGCUCAUGAACCUCUGCCUUCGAAGUGCAGGAAAGAACACGUGUGCUAAAGUGGCAGGGCUCGUGCUGAAAGUCCUUUCAGACCUCCUUGGCCAUGAGAACCAUGAGAUACAGCCAUAUGUGAAUGGAGCCCUGUACAGCAUCCUUUCCAUCCCGUCCAUUCGUGAGGAGGCCAGAGCCAUGGGAAUGGAGGAUAUCCUGCGAUGCUUCAUCAAAGAAGGCAGCGCCGAGAUGAUCCGCCAGAUAGAGUUCAUCAUCAAGCAGCUGAAUUCCGAAGAUUUACUGGAUGGUGUUCUUGAAUCCGAUGAUGAUGAAGAUGAAGAUGAUGAAGAGGAUCAUGACAUCAUGGAAGCUGACCUGGACAAAGAUGAACUGAUCCAGCCCCAGCUUGGAGAACUCUCAGGAGAGAAGCUUCUAACCACAGAGUACUUGGGAAUCAUGACCAACACUGGGAAGGCUCGGCGCAAAGGGCUGGCCAGUGUGCAGUGGAGUGGGGAUGAGCCCCUGCGUCGGCCCGUCACCCCUGGCGGCCACAGGACGGGGUGCCCAGUGCUGGGAGACCAUCUCGUUUCUCCCCAGAGUGCCCAACGAGCCAGAAAUAGCCGUCUGCAGGCCUUACCAGCCACUCAGCCGGACGUCUGCAAAGAGGGCAAACCAGGUGUCGUCGCUGGGCACGGCACAUCCUUUUCAUGUAAGAACUCUGUGGGUGCAGAGCCGGUCCUGAGCUCCUAGGUUCAAGAACCCAAGUGAAGCUGGGCCUGCAGGUGCAUGCCUGCUCCUGGGAAGCCCUGUGGCCUCAGCCACAGUCCUGGAUCUCAGAAGUCCACAGGCCUCCAGUCAUACUGACAGAUCUGGCAUCAGGCUUGUCUUCCAGAUCUCAUUGAAGCAAUGUGUCUACCACUCACAUCUAGAAGCUCCUGGAACUCAGUUUAAUAGGAGAUUUCAGAGUAGCCCAUCUCAGUGUGCUAUCUGGCUUAGUCCAUGUUCCAUGGCUAUAACAAAAUGCCAGUGGCUGGGUGUUUAUUUUUUGUGUGCUGGGAGUCAACAUUUGGUAUCUUUCUCAUCCGCCUUAUUUUUUGAAGCAGGGUCUCUCACUGAUCCUAGAGCCCACUGAUUCAGCUAGCCCCAGAGAUCGCGAAGUUUCUGCCUCCCCAGUACUGGGAUUACAGGUGCACACUGCGGUGCCCUGGCGUCUGUGUGGGUGCUGGGGACUGAACUCAGUCUUCAUGUUUCCAGAACAAGCACUUUACCAACUGAACUGUGUCUGCAGCCCUGGGCCUGGGUACUCUUUAGUUCACAGUCUAGGAAAAUGGAAAUUUAAGAGCCAGGGUUCCAUGGCUUUAACCUCUUGUGAGGGCUCCUUGGUUAUGUCACAGCAUAGUGGAUGGCACUAUGGUGGACGGACAGACAUACAAGAGACCCAGAGUAUAUGGCAAGACAAGAAGCCAGCAGCCAGGGAGGGCCAGGCUUGCUCUUUUGAUUUUAUAGCAAUUCAUUUUUAAGGGAACCAGUGAGAUACCCACAGUAACUUAAUCAGCACCUUCCCCGAGGUAGUGACACCUCCUUGACCUAGUCACCUUGCCCUUGACCCCACAUCUACAGGCCUCACCACCUCUGCACUGCCAAAUGAACCUUCAGGGGACAUUCCCAAACCUUAUCUAAACCAUCCCAAUACAGACCUAUGACCAGGUUUCAGUACCUCAGGUUUCAUGAACUGAGGGUUCAGCCACGUGUUAGAAGGCUCCAUGGCAUCAGAAUGUGCAGCUGGACACACAAACAGCCCUGAGGUCGGAUUGUGCAGCUUUGAUGUAUCCAGUCAGUGGAGUUAAGCAGAAGCUGGUGGGGGCAUAAAAGUAUAUUUUAGAUGCCAGGGGGAGAAAAGCAUUUUGAACCAGAAAUAUACAGAGUAUUUCUUUUUUAAUUUUCAAAAGGAAAUUGAAAGGAUUGUGAGUAGACCGGAUGCAACUCUAAUUCCAUUCCAGUAGGAAAAGCCACAGAGUAGCAAAGCAGAUCUCAGGAGCUCUGAUGCAUCAGCUCAUGGUUGGAGUCAAAGGCUGCCAUGCCCAGAUGCUGAGGAACCAGCUAGUCACUGAGCCCAAAGGAGGUCCCUGUGGCCCAGAGGGAGGGGAGCACUCAAGGGUCCUUUUGGUUAUGGGCAGCUCCAGAGCUUUUGCCAAGUCCCUGGUCAUUGGUUAUUUGGCCUCUGUUUGCACUUGUAAGUCCCACUAAGUAGGCCUUCACCAUGAGGGAUUAGCUCGGCAUCCAGAGAUGUCUGCUGGCUCUGCUGAUCUGGAGGAUGAGGGUCUCUUUGGAUGUGCAUUUGUUCUGAGGUCUCAUACAUGCCAGGCAAGUGUCUUACCACUGAGCCACACCACCAGCACCUGUCCCUGUCUACUGGAUAGAUUCAUCAUGCUGUUGGGGUUCAGAGUACUUGAACUUGGGCAUAGAAAUGGCUAGGUGGCAUGGGUGGCAGUUGCCACAGUCGAUAUUGAUAUUUACUAAUUUUCAAGAACAGCUGACUUCAGGCCGCAGCACACUCCACAGGCAAAGGCAGGGCAUGGUAAGUUCUAAGCCAACCUGGUCUACGUAGAUCCUGUCAAGGAAGGUGAGGCAGCAGGAGACAGACAGGAAGAAGGGGGAGGGCAGAGACAGAUGUAGAAAGAAUAUGAGUGACUAUGAGUCCGUUUCAGCCCUAGCACACUCGAGUUUCUUCUGUGAAGUCCAUCAGGGCCCUCUGCCUUGAUAGUUAGCAGUUCCCAGGGCCUCUGCCUGGUGUGGCAGCAGCUGCACACCAGACCCUGGCCCCAGGGGCCGCCUAGAACCGGGGCAGCCAUUUCCCCUGGAUGAGCACACCCUGCUAGCCUGCUCCAAGUGCUCGGAUGGUCUUCCAAGUGUCAGCUCCUUACCCUGCCCGAUUGCUCAGCCAGGCUGGGUCCCAGGCUCUCCAUUGCCUCCCACUUUCGUGUAGGCCUCAUCACACUGAACCUCAGCCCUGUCUGCAUCGUCAUCCGCCAGCCAGGCCUCCAGGCUGUCUCGUUGGAACAUCUGGUUUGCAUCUGUCCUGUUCCCGGUGU